CGUGGAAGAAGGAAGCGCCUGCACCCCAGGAUGACGUCAAGGCAGGUGCUGCCUAAGGGGCACGUGGGGCUGGCAGCCGUGCCAGGGAGCCGCUCCCCUCCCAGCAGCGCCACAGGAGCCACAGGGGCAGGAAUGCGCUCCGGGAGCAUCGCGGGGGCUUUCCUGGAGGUCUCGGGCAGGGCAGUGAGCCUCUCGGAUGCCGUCCGGGAGCAUCUGCUUCAGCCCGACCUUGCGCUGACCCUCCUGGAGGCCCAAGCAGCCACCGGUGGGAUCGUUGACCUCGCCAGGAAGGAGCUGCUUCCCGUGGCGGAGGCCGUGGCGCGGGGACUGGUGGGGCUGGAGCAGAAGGAGAAGCUGCUGUGCGCAGAGCGUGCCGUGACAGGCUUCCCAGACCCCUACACGGAGGAGAAGAUCCCGCUCUACCAAGCCGUCCAGAAAGAGCUGCUGGGGAGGGAGCAGGGCCUCCGCCUCCUGGAAGCCCAGAUGGCUACGGGCGGCAUCAUCGACCCCGCCACGCGCCAGCGCCUCUCUCCUCAGGAGGCCUAUGCGCACGGCCACCUCGAGGAGGAUCUGCACGCCUUCCUCUCUGAUCCGGGGAACGAGGAGGCCAAGGCCUACCUGGACCCCAACUCUCACCAGAAGGUCACCUACUCAGAGCUGAUGCGGAGGUGCGUGGCGGAUCCAGGCACCGGUCUGCUCCUGCUGCCCCUGAAAGUCUCCUUCCCCGGACUGCGCGGGGCCGUCUGCAGCCAUGAGCUUCUGGACUCUGGGGUCAUUGACUCGGCCACAUUCAGGGCCCUCCAUAACGGGGAGCUCACCGCCCAGGACGUGGCAGAGAUGGACACGGUGCAGCAAUACCUGUCAGGGACACACAGCAUUGCUGGCGUUGCCAACCUGCAAACCGGCGAGUGCAAGAGCCUGUCCCAGGCGUUGUCAGAGCACCUCCUCAUGCCGGGGACGGCCGAGAUCCUCCUUCAGGCUCAGGCCGCGACAGGAGGAUUGAUUGACCCGGUGAGGAACAAGAGGCUCGCCCUCGAUGAAGCUGUCCGAUCGGGGGUGGUGGGGCCAGAACUCUACGAGAAGCUGUCUUCAGCCGAGAGAGCCAUUACUGGGCACAGAGACCCCUACACGGGGGAGACGCUCUCGCUGUUUCAAGCCCUGCGGAAGGGCCUGGUGCCCAGGGACCCCGGGCUGUUCCUGCUGGAGGCCCAGCUUGCCACGGGCGGCAUCGUUGACCCACACACGCAUCACCGUCUCCCUGUGGAGGUGGCCUGCCAGAGAGGUCACUUAGACACAGACACCCACAGCCACCUCUCCCAGCCCAAAGACGACCUCCGUGGCUUCUUUGACCCCAACUCGAAGAGGAACUUGUCCUACGCAGAACUGCUCUCGAGAUGCGUCACUGAUCCGGACACAGGGCUCUGCCUCCUCCCCCUUUAUGGCGAUCCCAGGAGGGAGCAUCCCUUCAUCGAGCCCAGGACACAACGUCUGCUGAGGAACACUCUAGUGCCCGUGGCCUCUGGCAAGUUCAGAGGGCAGUCUACUUCUCUCUGGAAGCUCCUGUUCUCAGACUAUUUCUCAAAGGAGCAGAGGAGAGAUCUCCUCCAACAGUUCCACUCCGGCGGGCUCUCCAUUCGCAGGUUUGCUGACAUGGUCUGCAACACGGUUCAAGAGGUUUCGGCCAACCCCAGGAUUACCUUUGAAGGCCUGAGGAGCAAGGUGACCCCCGCUCAGCUCCUGAGCUCUGAAAUCAUCAACAAGGACUUGUUUGAGAAAUUGACCCAAGGGGAGACGUUGGCCAAAGAUGUUGUGAGCAUGAGCACAGUGAAGAAGUACUUGGAAGGGACGGGAAGCAUCAGCGGGUUGCUCCUGCCGGACUCCCAGGAGCGGAUUGGCAUCUACCAGGCAAAGAGGAAAGGCCUCCUGCGUCCAGGAACGUCCCUCGUCCUGCUGGAGGCCCAGGCUGCCACGGGACACAUCAUUGACCCGGCCGCCAACAAGAAGUACUCCGUGAAUGAGGCUCUGCAGGCCAACGUAAUUGGACCAGACGUUUACGACAAGCUCCUGGCAGCGGAGAAAGCCGUCACUGGCUACCGGGACCCUUACACUGGGUCUAAGAUCUCCCUCUUCCAAGCCAUGAGGAAGGACCUGAUCGUCAAGGAGCACGCCAUCCGCCUUCUGGAGGCCCAGGUCGCCACCGGAGGCAUCAUCGACCCCGUCAACAGCCACCGCCUGCCUGUGGAGGCGGCCUACAAGCGGGGGUACUUUGACAAGAAGAUGAACCUGAUCCUCUCUGACCCCAGUGACGACACAAAGGGCUUCUUUGACCCAAACACUCAUGAGAACCUGACCUACUUGCAGCUGAAGGAGAAGUGCAUUACCGAACCCACUACGGGCCUCUGCCUCCUGCCAUUGAACAGCAAGAGGCGCCAGUUCAUCGAUGACGCCACCAAACAAGGGUUCAGGACCUCCUGGCUCCUUGUGAAGUACGGCCGUUUCCAGGGACAAAGGGUCUCCCUGUGGGAUCUGCUGAACUCAGAGUACUUCACUGAGGGAAAGAGGAGGGAGAUAUUCAACCACUACCGCUUGCAGAAGCUCAGUCUGGAGCAAAUCCACCGGCUCCUUGAGGAGGAGAUGAAGAAAUGGGCCCGCAUCCAAUUCCCAGCCGUAAGGGGCCAGGUCACUGCCUAUCAUCUGGUGGAGACGGGCAUCCUCGACCGGGCCCUCUUUGAACGCCUUCUGGAUGGGGCCGUGAGCCCCGAAGAGGUGCUGCGCAUGGAGUCCGUCAGGAAGUACCUCUACGGCACCGGCAGCAUCGGGGGCAUCGUGCUGCAGCCGUCUAACGAAAGAGUGAGCCUCUACGAAGCCAUACAGAGGAACAUUGUCUUGCCGGGGGUGGCGCUGCCCUUGCUGGAGGCACAGGCGGCCACGGGCUUCAUCAUUGACCCGGUGAGCAAUCAGAAGCUCAGUCUGGACGACGCCGUGAAGGAAGGCCUCGUUGGCCCUGAGCUUUAUGAGAAGCUGCAGCGUGCGGAAGAAGCCGUCACGGGCUACAAGGACCCUUUCACCGGCAAAAAGAUUUCCCUCUUCCAAGCCAUGCAGAAGGGCCUUGUGGCCGACAAGCAGGCGAUACAACUGAUGGACGCCCAGAUGUCUACCGGUGGGGUCAUUGACCCCCACAGUGGCCACUAUGUCCCAAUAGAGUUUGCCCAGAAGAAAGGUUACUUGGACGAGGGCCUCUGCAAAGCACUCUCUGACCCCAACAGUGACACCAAGCUGUUCAGCUCUCUUGACAAGAAAGAGAGUGUUUCCUAUGGCCAGCUGAUUGACCAGUGCCAGAAGGACGAUGUCUCGGGCAUUCGCCUGCUGCCUCUGUCACAGGAGGCUUCUCCCGUCUACACAGAGGAGCAGAUGGAGCGGCUCUUCAGGGCAACCCUCAUGGAAGACAGGGGCCUCUCCCUCUGGGAGGUCCUUCACUCCGGCUACUUCACCGAGGAGCAGAGGAGAGAAUUAUUUGAGAAGUACACAUCUGAGGCCGUUUCUCUCCAGCAGCUCGUCUCUCUCGUCCGGGAACACAUUCAGGAAAUAGAAAUGAAGGCUCGGACCCAGGUCACUUUCCAAGGCCUGAAGGGCGCGGUGCCUGCUGUCUGGCUGCUUGACACUGGCAUCAUUUCGGAGAAGACCUUUGCCGAGCUGGCUCAAGGGAGGACCACAGCCAGAGAGGUCUCGGAGAUGGAGAGCGUCAAGAAGUACCUGCAAGGGACGGGGGCCAUUGCUGGGGUCCUUCUCCAGUCCUCGGGAGAGAAGAUGGACAUCUACCAGGCGAUGCAGAAGAGCCUCCUCCUGCCAGGCACCGGGGCGAGGCUGCUGGAGGCACAGGCAGCCACCGGCUCCAUCACAGACCCCGCGGACCGCCGGAGGCUGGGUGUCAUGGAGGCCAUCCGGGCUGGCCUUGUGGGUAAAGAACUGAUGGAGCGGCUGCUGCAGGCUGAGAGAGCGCUGGUGGGCUACCCCGACCCCUACUCAGGGAAGCCGCUCUCCGUGUGCCAAGCCAUCAGAAAGGAGCUGAUUCCUGCCACCGCCGGCAUCCCCUUGCUUGAGGCUCAGCUGGCGGCAGGAGGAGUGAUUGAUCCCGUCCACUGCCAUCACCUUCCCCUCCCUGCGGCCUACAAACAUGGCUUCUACGACGAAGACAUGCACAAGGUCCUUUCCCAGCACGGCGACGACACGUGUGUCUUCUUUGACCCGAAUACGCAGGAGAGCCUGACCUACCAGCAGCUGAAGGACAGGUGCGCCCGGGAUGCGGAGACGGGGCUCUUGCUUCUCCCCCUCUCGGACGAGGCGGCUUUCUAUGGGGACAGGCAUACCAUGGAGGUGCUGAAAUCGGUCAGGGUCGGCGUCAACAUCGGGCGAUACAAAGGCCAAGAGGUUUCUCUCUGGGACUUGCUCAACUCCGAGUACAUCGACGAUUGCAAGCGGAGAGAGCUGGUGCUGACCUACAAAGAGGAGAAUGACGAGGCCCUUCAAGAAAUAGCAACGGCCGUCACCAAGAUCAUUGCGGAGACGGAGCAUCAGGGCAGGCGGUUCGCCUUCAAGGGUCUGCGCAAGCAGGUGUCGGCCAGCGACCUCUUCCAGUCCCAGCUCAUAGACAAGGAGACCCUGGACGACCUGAGCCAGGGAAAGAAGACGGUCCAGGAGGUCACCGAGAUGGAGUCUGUCCGGCGGUACCUCGAGGGAGGGAACUUCAUUGCCGGCGUCCUCCUUCAGCCCAGUCAGGAGAGGAUGAGCAUCUGUCGGGCCAUGAGGCAGGGGCUUCUCCGGCCAGGAGCCGCGCUGGUGCUGCUGGAGGCCCAGGCUGCCACCGGGUUCCUCCUUGACCCCGUGAAAAACAAGAAGCUGUCGGUGGACGAGGCCCUGUCUUCGGGGCUGAUUGGAAGAGAGGUUUACGAAAAGCUUCUGAGUGCAGAGAAGGCAGUGACGGGGUACACACACCCCUACACCAAGGAAAGGAUCUCCCUCUUCGAGGCCAUGAACGAGGAGCUCAUUGUGAGGAGCCACGGCAUCCGCCUGCUCGAGGCCCAGGUCGCAACCGGGGGCAUCAUCGACCCCGUCCACAGCCACCGCAUCCCUGUGGAAGUUGCCUACAAGAGAGGAUACUUUGAUGAAGAGCUCAACCAGAUCCUCUUGGACCCCACAGACGACACAAAGGGCUUUUUUGAUCCCAACACACAUGAGAACCUCACUUACCUGCAGCUGCUCGAGCGAUGCGUCAAAGACCCAGAGACAGGGCUGUACAUGCUGCAAAUCGUCCGAAGAGGCGGAAGGUACUUCUACAUCGACGAGGCCACCAAACAGUUUCUGAAAGCACAGCCUAUGGAGAUGCACCUCGGCAGGUACAAAGGCCAGGCUGUCUCCGUGUGGGACCUUCUAUGCUCUCCGUAUAUCCAGGAGGAGAAAAGGAAAGAGUUGGUGAGUCAGUACAAGGACAAGAGACUGACGCUAGAAGAGCUUGGGAAAACGAUUACUGCGGUUGUUGAGGAAACAGAGAGAAAAGCACACGCAUUUCGCCUGAAAGGACUGAGGGAGGAGGUGUCGGCUGCAGAGCUGUUCAAUGCCGAGAUAAUUGACAAGAAAACUCUGGACGGUCUGAAUCGGAGCAGCCUUCCGCAACUCGCCCAGAAGGACUCUGUGAAACGCUUCCUGGAGGGAACAGGCUGCAUCGCUGGCGUUGUGGUGGGAGCCGGCAGGCAGAAGAUGGGCAUCUACGAAGCCAUGAAGAGAGGGCUGGUCUCGCCAGAACAUGCUCUGAUGCUCCUGGAAGCACAGGCAGCCACCGGAUUCAUUGUGGACCCCGUGAAGAAGAAAUCUUUAUCGGUGGAGCAGGCCAUCUCUGCUGGGCUUGUGGGCGAAGAGCUUCACCAGCCACUUCUCUUUGCAGAGAGGGCGGUAACUGGUUACACUGACCCUUCCACGGGGGAGAAGGCGUCUCUUUACCAGGCCAUGAAGAAGAACAUGGUAGACAGAGGCCUUGCCCUCAGGCUCCUGGAGGCCCAGCUUGCCACGGGUGGCAUCGUCGAUCCCUUGCACAGCCACCGCAUCCCCGUGGAGGUGGCUUUUAAGAGGGGCCAUUUGGAUGACGACACUUUCCUCCUGCUUUCCGACGCAGAGUAUGCCGCCAAGGGCUUUGUGGACCCCAACACCCAGGAGAGGAUCACCUACACACAACUGCUUCCCAGGUGUGUCAGAGACCCAGAGACAGGCAUGUACCUCCUCCAGCUGAUGGACAAGAAGGAAUACUUCUAUGUAGACGAGCUCACGAGAAACAUUCUCUCGUCCACCAAAGUCAAUGUCACUCUCGGGAAAUACAAAGGGCAGAGCGUCUCUCUGUGGGAGCUUCUUUCCUCAGACUACGUUGAUGAAGAGAAGAGGAAAGAGCUGAUCAAAAAGUACAAGGCAGAGUCCUCAGCUAUUCUGCAACACAUUGUGAACGAAAUCAUGAACAUCAUAAAAGAAAAAGAAGUCAACAGAAGAGACAUAUGGUUCCAAGGGCUACGGAAACAAGUCACAGCUUCAGAACUGUUAAAGGCGGACAUCAUUGGGGUAGACACCAUGAAGAACCUAGAAGAGGGGAAGCAGUCGGCGCAGGAUGUGGCCGAGAUAGAUUCAGUGAAGCAAUACUUGGAAGGCACAGGCUGCAUUGCCGGGGUGCUGGUCCCAUCCAAGGCUGACCCCUCCAAGAUGGAGAAGAUGGCCAUCUACCAGGCCAUGUGGAAGGGCCUUCUGAGGCCGGGCACGGCGCUGGUGCUGCUGGAGGCACAGGCCGCCACGGGAUUCAUCACCGACCCGCUGAAGAACAGGAAGCUCUCUGUCGAGGAAGCUGAUGCCGCAGGGCUGGUGGGGCCAGAGAUCCUCCACAAGCUCCUUGCUGCAGAGAAAGCCGUCACAGGCUACACAGAUCCAAACACUGGGAAAAAGAUCUCCCUCUUUCAGGCCUUGAAGAAAGAGCUCAUCCUCAAAGAGCAUGGCGUCCGCUUACUGGAGGCCCAGAUUGCUACCGGAGGCAUAAUUGAUCCAGUCAACAGCCAUCGUGUCCCGGUUGAGGUGGCCUACAAACGGGGCUACUUCGAUGAGGAAAUGAAUCAGAGCCUCUCCGACUCCACAGAGGACACCAAGGGCUUCUUUGAUCCCAAUACACAUGAGAACCUGACAUACAUGCAGCUGCUCAAAAGAUGUAUUCUUGACCCAGACACUGGGCUGAGGAUGCUUCAAGUACAACCCGAUGGUUCCAGUGCCUUCUAUUUGGAUGAACAUGUGAAGAAGACCUUAAAGUCAACAACCACGAGGGUUAGUGAGGGCUGUUUCCAAGGACAGGAGACAUCUGUUUGGGACCUCCUCUUCUCUGGAUAUUUCACCGACAGGAAAAGGGAAGAAAUACUAACAGAGUUCAGAGCUGGAAAACUCACGAUUCACGAAAUUAUAACUAUCCUCAAAUCCACCAUCAAAGAGAAAGAAAAUAAGGAAAACUUACUGAAAACUACAAAAAUAGCUAGAAACGUAGAAAGUACUGGAAGACAACAGCCAACUAUGUGGGAGGUACUCUUUUCUGGGGACAUCUCAGAGUUCAGACGGGAAGAGCUUCUGAACCAGUUCCGAAAUGGCACACUGACGCUGGUGGAGCUCACCAAUGUCCUUGAUGGACUCCUGACUGAGGCCCAGGCUGGAAAGAGGGAGCACCACACAGCAUCUGAAGCAUUCAGAGGUGGUGUUGAUGAUGGUGAUGAUGAUGACGAUAACGACCUUGACGAAGAGGAAAGAGAAGAUGACGAUGAGGAGAGUGUGGUGCUGGGAGAGAAAGAGAAGAUCCUGAAGUCUCGGCUGGUUGAAGUAGCGGCUGGGGAGUUCCACGGACGGAAGGUUUCCGUUUGGGAGAUUCUCCACUCCAAGUACAUCCCUGAAAAGAAGCGGAAAGAGCUCUUGAGGUUCUACAAAUCUGGCAUCCUCACCAUUGACCAAAUGGAAACCGUAGUCACUGCCAUUGUUAACCGAACGGAGGAGGAGAAGAGAAAGGGAGAAUCGGGUGCUAGACACCAUCAUGAGGGUCACUGGGAAGACGCUUUGCGGAAUCACACCGUCGUCCUGCAUGUUGGAGAGUUCCAGGGCCAGGAGGUCUCCCUCUGGGAUCUCUUGUUUUCCCAGUAUGUCCCAGAACCCCAAAGGGAGGAGCUCUUAAUGAAGUUCCGUUACAGACUCCUGAGUAUUGAAGAGAUGAUUGUCAUUCUGGCCCCGCUGCUCACACAGAAGGAACCAGCUGAAGUUAAAGAAGUAGAAGACGGCAGUAGUCCAUCCCGACGGAGACCUCAUCCUCAGGAAGGCAGAGCUUCACGUUCCCCCCAUGGAGGUGAUCUCAAAAGCGCCUUGUGCAUGGUGAGCAUAGACGUGCCAGUGGGCGAGUUCCAAGGGAAUAGGCACUCUGUAUGGGAACUUCUUUUCUCCAAAUAUGUGACCGAGGAGAAGCGGCAAGAGCUCCUGGAGAAAUACCGAGCAGGAUUGAUGAGCUCCGAAGAACUUGUGAGAACCAUCACCAGCCUGAUUGAGGAGAUGGAGAAGAAGAGCAAGGAGAUGAAAUUCCGUGGGCUGCGGAGGCAAGUGACGGCCUCAGAACUCUUUGACUCCCAGAUCAUUGGCCAGGAUACCCUGUCUGAGCUCACCCAGGGCACCAAGACCGUGGAAGACAUCACCAACAUGGAUUCGGUCAAGCGAUACCUGGAAGGCAGAAGCUGCAUCGCUGGCGUGCUCGUCCCAUCCAGGUCUGACCCCUCCAAGAUGGAGAAGGUGACCAUCUACCAGGCCAUGUGGAAGAACAUUCUGAGGCCGGGCACUGCCCUGGUGCUGCUGGAGGCCCAGGCCGCCACCGGGUUCAUCACGGACCCUCUACAGAACAGAAAACUCUCGGUCGAGGAAGCCAUCUCUGCCGAGCUGGUGGGCGCAGAGCUGCGGGAGAAGCUCCUCUCCGCAGAGAGGGCCGUGACCGGCUACAAGGACCCCUACACAGGCCACAAGAUCUCCCUUUUCCAGGCCAUGAAGAAGGGCCUCAUUGUCAAAGACCACGGCAUCCGCCUGCUGGAGGCCCAGAUUGCCACCGGGGGCAUCAUUGACCCUGUGCAAAGCCACCGCCUCCCCGUGGAGGUGGCCUACAAGCGGGGCUACUUUGACGAGGACAUGAACCGAAUCCUCUCGGACCCUACAGAUGACACCAAGGGCUUCUUUGACCCCAACACUCAGGAAAACCUGACGUACAUGCAGCUCCUGCAGCGCUGCCUUCCCGAUCCCGAGACGGGCCUGCUGAUGCUUCACGUGAUGGACAAGGGCUCCUUCUCCUUCCUUCUCACAGAGAAAACGAGGAGGUCCUUGCAGACCGCCAAGACCAGAGUGGAUGUGGAGCUUUUCCAGGGGCAGGAGGUCUCUGUGUGGGACCUCCUCUUCUCCAGAUACAUUCUUCCCCAGAAGAGGCAGGAGUUGCUGGGCCAGUACAAGCAAGGAGCCAUAACCUUGGGAGACCUGACCCAGAUCCUCACGACCAUUAUCACUGAGACGCAGGAGAAGCGCAUCAAGUUAGCCAGGCAGCAGCAAGCUCCAGGCACUCUGGGCGUAACAUCCCCAAAAGAUGGAACACAGAUUGAAGAGAACUGGCAGAAGACCUUGCAGUCCACUACUUUCAAAAUGCCAGCUGGAGAGAACCAGGGUCAGGUGGUCGUUGUGUGGGACAUGCUCUUCUCCAACUACCUAACAGAAGAAAAGAGGACAGAGUUAUUGGAUUUGUACCAACGGGGGUUGAUACCUGUAGACCAGCUGGCAAAUAUCCUCAUUGUCCUGAUUGAGAAGGGAGAAGCCACAAGAAGGAAAUUUGAUAUAAAAGUCAGGGGUCCAGACAAAGAGACAGUAUUGCUUGAGAGAACCUCUGGUGUUUCUUCCCCUUGUGAUCAAAAUUGGGAAGAUGCUUUGCGAUCUCAGCUUAUUCAGGUUGAUCUUGGAGAGUAUCAAGAUCAGCAGGUUUCUGUGUGGGACCUCCUCUUCUCCAGAUAUAUUCUUCCUCAGAAGAGGCAGGAGUUGCUGGGCCAGUACAAGCAAGGAGCCAUAACCUUGGCAGACCUGACCCAGAUCCUCACGACCAUUAUCUCUGAGACGGAGGAGAAGCGAGCCAAGUUAGCCAGGCAGCAGCAAGCUCAAGGCACUCUGGGCGUAACAUCCCUAAAAGAUGGAACACAGAUUGAAGAGAACUGGCAGAAGACCUUGAAGUCCACCACUAUCAAAAUGCCAGCUGGAGAGAACCAGGGUCAGGUGGUCGUUGUGUGGGACAUGCUCUUCUCCAACUACCUAACAGAAGAAAAGAGGACAGAGUUACUGGAUUUGUACCAAAGGGGGUUGAUACCUGUAGACCAGCUGGCAAACAUCCUCAUUGCCCUGAUCGAGAAGGGAGAAGCCACAAGAAGGAAAUUUGAUAUAAAAGUGAGGGGUCCAGGUAGAAGUGUGGAUCAUGGUGAUGAUGAUGGUGAUGAUGAUGAUGAUGAUGACCUUGACAAAGAGGAGGGAGAAGAUGACGAUGAGGAGAGUGUGGUGCUGGGAGAGAAAGAGAAGCCCCUGAAGUCUCGGCUGGUUGAAGUAGCGGCUGGGGAGUUCCACGGACGGAAGGUUUCCGUUUGGGAGAUUCUCCACUCCAAGUACAUCCCUGAGGAGAAGCGGAAAGAGCUCUUGAGGUUCUACAAAUCUGGCAUCCUCACCAUUGACCAAAUGGAAACCGUAGUCACUGCCAUUGUUAACCGAACGGAGGAGGAGAAGAGAAAGGGAGAAUCGGGUGCUGGACACCAUCAUGAGGACCACUGGGAAGACGCUUUGCGGAAUCACACCGUUGCCCUGCAUGUUGGAGAGUUCCAGGGCCAGGAGGUCUCCCUCCGGGAUCUCUUGUUUUCCCAGUAUGUCCCAGAACCCCAAAGGGAGGAGCUCUUAAUGAAGUUCCGUUACAGACUCCUGAGUAUUGAAGAAAUGAUUGUCAUUCUGGCCCCGCUGCUCACACAGAAGGAACCAGCUGAUGUUAAAGAAGUAGAAGACGGCAGUAGUCCAUCCCGAUGGAGACCUUAUCUUCAGGAAGGCAGAGCUCCACGUUCCCCCCAUGGAGGUGAUCUCAAAAGCGCCUUGUGCAUGGUGAGCAUAGACGUGCCAGUGGGCGAGUUCCAAGGAAGCAGGUGCUCCGUGUGGGAGCUCCUUUUCUCCAAAUAUGUGACCGAGGAGAAGCGGCAAGAGCUCCUGGAGAAAUACCGAGCAGGAUUGAUGAGCUCCGAAGAACUUGUGAGAACCAUCACCAGCCUGAUUGAGGAGAUGGAGAAGAAGAGCAAGGAGAUGAAAUUCCGUGGGCUGCGGAGGCAAGUGACGGCCUCAGAACUCUUUGACUCCCAGAUCAUUGGCCAGGAUACCCUGUCUGAGCUCACCCAGGGCACCAAGACCGUGGAAGACAUCACCAACAUGGAUUCGGUCAAGCGAUACCUGGAAGGCAGAAGCUGCAUCGCUGGCGUGCUCGUCCCAUCCAGGUCUGACCCCUCCAAGAUGGAGAAGGUGACCAUCUACCAGGCCAUGUGGAAGAACAUUCUGAGGCCGGGCACUGCCCUGGUGCUGCUGGAGGCCCAGGCCGCCACCGGGUUCAUCACGGACCCUCUACAGAACAGAAAACUCUCGGUCGAGGAAGCCGUCUCUGCCGAGCUGGUGGGCGCAGAGCUGCGGGAGAAGCUCCUCUCCGCAGAGAGGGCCGUGACCGGCUACAAGGACCCCUACACAGGCCACAAGAUCUCCCUUUUCCAGGCCAUGAAGAAGGGCCUCAUUGUCAAAGACCACGGCAUCCGCCUGCUGGAGGCCCAGAUUGCCACCGGGGGCAUCAUUGACCCUGUGCAAAGCCACCGCCUCCCCGUGGAGGUGGCCUACAAGCGGGGCUACUUUGACGAGGACAUGAACCGAAUCCUCUCGGACCCUACAGAUGACACCAAGGGCUUCUUUGACCCCAACACUCAGGAAAACCUGACGUACAUGCAGCUCCUGCAGCGCUGCCUUCCCGAUCCCGAGACGGGCCUGCUGAUGCUUCACGUGAUGGACAAGGGCUCCUUCUCCUUCCUUCUCACAGAGAAAACGAGGAGGUCCUUGCAGACCGCCAAGACCAGAGUGGAUGUGGAGCUUUUCCAGGGGCAGGAGGUCUCUGUGUGGGACCUCCUCUUCUCCAGAUACAUUCUUCCCCAGAAGAGGCAGGAGUUGCUGGGCCAGUACAAGCAAGGAGCCAUAACCUUGGCAGACCUGACCCAGAUCCUCACGACCACUAUCACUGAGACGGAGGAGAAGCGCAUCAAGUUAGCCAGGCAGCAGCAAGCUCCAGGCACUCUGGGCGUAACAUCCCCAAAAGAUGGAACACAGAUUGCAGAGAACUGGCAGAAGACCUUGCAGUCCACUACUUUCAAAAUGCCAGCUGGAGAGAACCAGGGUCAGGUGGUCGUUGUGUGGGACAUGCUCUUCUCCAACUAUCUAACAGAAGAAAAGAGGACAGAGUUACUGGAUUUGUACCAACGGGGGUUGAUACCUGUAGACCAGCUGGCAAACAUCCUCAUUGCCCUGAUCGAGAAGGGAGAAGCCACAAGAAGGAAAUUUGAUAUAAAAGUGAGGGGUCCAGGUAGAAGUCACAGUGAUGAUGAUGAUGACGACGACCUUGACAAAGAGGAGGGAGAAGAUGACGAUGAGGAGAGUGUGGUGCUGGGAGAGAAAGAGAAGCCCCUGAAGUCUCGGCUGGUUGAAGUAGCGGCUGGGGAGUUCCACGGACGGAAGGUUUCCGUUUGGGAGAUUCUCCACUCCAAGUACAUCCCUGAGGAGAAGCGGAAAGAGCUCUUGAGGUUCUACAAAUCUGGCAUCCUCACCAUUGACCAAAUGGAAACCGUAGUCACUGCCAUUGUUAACCGAACGGAGGAAGAGAAGAGAAAGGAAGAAUCGGGUGCUGGACGCCAUCAUGAGGACCACUGGGAAGACGCUUUGCGGAAUCACACCGUUGCCCUGCAUGUCGGAGAGUUCCAGGGCCAGGAGGUCUCCCUCCGGGAUCUCCUCUUCUCCAAGUACAUUUCUGAUGGGAAAAGGGAGGAACUUCUAGGCAUAUAUAGAGCUUGCCAGUUAACUCCAGAGGAACUCACUGCAGUCCUAUCUGCUUUAAUUACUCAAGUGUCAGGUGAAAGGAAAGAAGGUUCAGCGCCAAGCUCAAUGCCUCCUGGUGUCAUUUCAUCUGGAAAGAGUGAGGAUGGCAGCAGUUCUGAAUCUGGAGAAAAGGAGCAGGCACUGAAGUCUCGGAUGGUAGAAGUCACAACUGGGGAACUCCAUGGACAGAAGGUCUCCAUCUGGGAGGUUCUCCACUCCAAGUCCAUCCCGGAGGAGAAGCAGAAGGAGCUCUUGCAACUCUACAAAUCUGGCAUCCUCAGCACUGACCAAAUGGAAACUGUAGUAACUGCCAUUGUGAACAGAAAAGAAGAGAAGGAACACAGUUCUCACACUAGAGAUCACUCAGCUAGUCCACAAGAAGAUCCUAUCCCAGAGUCUUCAUACUAUGACUUUGUACAUCACACUUUGAGACAGGAAAAUGUCGAUGUGACCAUCCGUGAAAUCCAAGAUGAGAGGUCUUCGCUCUGGGAUCCUUACUUUUCACGGUGUGUCUCUAAUUUCAAGAAGGAGGAAAUUUUGCAUCGACACGGAUCACCAACAGUGAGCGUGAAGGAAUGUGUUAAAAUCAUUACAACCCUUCUGUCAGACACUGAAGACCAAGCCAGCAUCCCAGAAAGAAGUGAGUUUACUGUCAUGGAAAAACAAAUGUCACCACAAACAGCCACGGCUUUUGAGACAGAACACGAAGAUGGAACAGAACAUGCCCUGAAAUCUAGGCUGAUCAGCCUGCCUACAGAUAGGUUAGGCAAGGAAAGCAUUUCAUUGUGGGAUGGACUCCAUUCUGAUCAUAUCCCAGAGGAGAAGAAAAAGAAGCUCUUGCGACUCUACAAGUCAGGCGAUCUCACUAUCGACCAAAUGGAAACUGCGAUCACUGCCCUUGUCAACAGAACAGAAGAGGAAGAGGCAGAAGAAGAAGCCCAUGCACACGAGGACCACUGGAAAGAUACUUUGCAGAAUCACACUGUGGUCCUGAAUGUUGGUAGAUGCCAGCACCAUGAAGUCUCUCUCUGGGAUCUCCUUUGCUCCCAGGACAUUCCUGAAGAGAAGCGGGAAGAGCUCCUGAACCGCUUCCGAAGGGGCAGCCUGACCUUGGAGGAGCUCAGCGACAUCCUCAGGAGCCUCCUGGCAGAGGCCAAAGCUGGAAAGAGGGAGCACGCCCCAGCAUCUGAAGUGUCCAGGCUUGCAGAUGAUGAUGGUGAUGAUAAUGAUGAUGAUGAUGAUGCCACUGACAAAGAGGAGGGAGAGGAGGACAACAAGGAUGCUGUGGUUCUUGGAGAGAAAGAGAAGGCGCUGAAGUCCCGUCUCGUUACGGUAGCAGCUGGGGAGUUCCAUGGACGGAGGGUUUCUAUCUGGGAGGUUCUCCACUCCAAGUACAUCCCUGAGGAGAAGCGGAAGGAGCUCUUGAAACUCUACAAAUUUGGCAUCCUCAGCACUGACCAAAUGAAAACCGUAGUCACUGCCAUAGUGAACCGAACGGAAGAGGAGAAGAGAAAGGAAGAGUCAGGUGCUGGACAUGGACAUGAGAACGACUGGGAAGACACUUUGCGGAAUCACACUGUUGUCCUGCAUGUUGGUGAGUUCCAGGGUCAAGAGGUCUCCCUCUGGAAUCUCCUCUUCUCCCACUACAUCCCAGAGGACAAGCGGGAAGAGCUUCUGAGACAACACCGAAAUGGAAACCUGAAUCCUGACAAACUUGCCAAUAUCCUCUGUGGCCUCCUUGCUGAGGCAAACGUUGAAGAGGGGAAGCACCACACAACACCAGAGACAACCAGAGAUACUGAUGAAGGGGAUGAUGAUGAUGAUGAUGCACUUGGCAAAGAGGAGGGAGAGGAGGAGGAGGAGGAUCCUGUGGAGCUGGGAGAGAAAGAGAAGGCCCUGAAGUCCCGCCUGGUUACGGUAGCAGCUGGGGAGUUCCAUGGACAGAAGGUUUCCAUCUGGGAGAUUCUCCACUCCAAGUACAUCCCUGAGAAGAAGCGGAAGGAGCUCUUGAGACUCUACAAAUCUGGCAUCCUCAGCACUGACCAAAUGGAAACCAUAGUCACCUCCAUCGUCAACAGAACAGAGGAGGAGAAGAGAAAAGAAGAGUCAGGUGCUGCCCACAUUCAUGAGGGCCAAUGGGAAGAUGUUCUGCAAAAUCGCACUGUGAUCCUGAAUGUUGGUGAGUUCCAUGGUCAAGAGGUCACUCUCUGGGAUCUCCUCUUCUCCCACUACAUCCCAGAGAAGAAGCGAGAAGAGCUUCUGAGACAACACCAAAAUGGCAACCUGAAUUCUGAGGAACUUGCCAAUAUCCUCAGAGGUCUCCUUGCUGUGGCAAACACUGAAGAGGGGAAGCACCACACAACACCAGAGACAACCAGGGAUACUGAUGAUGGGGAGGAUGACAAUAAUGCACUUGACAAAGAGGAGGGAGAGGAUGAGGAUGAGGAUCCUGUGGAGAUGGGAGAGAAAGAGAAGGCCCUGAAGUCCCGCCUGGUUACGGUAGCAGUUGGGGAGUUCCAUGGACACAAGGUUUCCAUCUGGGAGAUUCUCCACUCCAAGUACAUCCCUGAGGAGAAGCUGAAGGAGCUCUUGAAACUCUACAAAUCUGGCAUCCUCAGCACUGACCAAAUGGAAACCAUAGUCACCUCCAUCGUCAACAGAACAGAGGAGGAGAAGAGAAAAGAAGAGUCAGGUGCUACCCACAGUCAUGAGGGUCAUUGGGAAGACGCUUUGAGGAACCACAUUGUUAUCCUGAAUGUCGGUGAAUUCCAGGGCCAAGAGGUCUCCCUCUGGGAUCUCCUCUUCUCCCACUACAUCCCAGAGGAGAAGAGAGAAGAGCUUCUGAGGCAACACCGAAAUGGCAACCUGAAUUCUGAGGAACUCGCCAAUAUCGUCAGAGGUCUCCUUGCUGCGGCAAACACUGAAGAGGGGAAGCACCACACAACACCAGAGACAACCAGGGAUGCUGAUGAAGGGGAUGAUGAUGAUGAUGAUGAUGCACUUGGCAAAGAAGAGGGAGAGGAUGAGGAGGAUCCUGUGGAGCUGGGAGAGAAAGAGAAGGCCCUGAAAUCCCGCCUGGUUUCGGUAACAGCUGGGGAGUUCCAUGGAAAGAAGGUUUCCAUCUGGGAGAUUCUCCACUCCAAAUACAUCCCUGAGGAGAAGCUGAAGGAUCUCUUGAAACUCUACAAAUCUGGCAUCCUCAGCACUGACCAAAUGGAAACGAUAGUCACCUCCAUCGUCAACAGAACAGAGGAGGAGAAGAGAAAAGAAGAGUCAGGUGCUGCCCACAGUCAUGAGGGUCAUUGGGAAGACGCUUUGAGGAACCACAUUGUUAUCCUGAAUGUCGGUGAAUUCCAGGGUCAAGAGGUCUCCCUCUGGGAUCUCCUCUCCUCCCAGUACAUCCCAGAGGAGAAGAGAGAAGAGCUUCUGAGGCAACACCGAAAUGGCAACCUGAAUUCUGAGGAACUCGCCAAUAUCGUCAGAGGUCUCCUUGCUGCGGCAAACACUGAAGAGGGGAAGCACCACACAACACCAGAGACAACCAGGGAUGCUGAUGAAGGGGAUGAUGAUGAUGAUGAUGAUGAUGAUGAUGCACUUGGCAAAGAAGAGGGAGAGGAUGAGGAGGAUCCUGUGGAGCUGGGAGAGAAAGAGAAGGCUCUGAAGUCCCGUCUGGUUUCAGUAGCAGCUGGGGAGUUCCAUGGAAAGAAGGUUUCCAUCUGGGAGAUUCUCCACUCCAAAUACAUCCCUGAGGAGAAGCUGAAGGAGCUCUUGAAACUCUACAAAUCUGGCAUCCUCAGCACUGACCAAAUGGAAACCAUAGUCACCUCCAUCGUCAACAGAACAGAGGAGGAGAAGAGAAAAGAAGAGUCAGGUGCUACCCACAGUCAUGAGGGUCAUUGGGAAGACGCUUUGAGGAACCACAUAGUUAUCCUGAAUGUCGGUGAAUUCCAGGGCCAAGAGGUCUCCCUCUGGGAUCUCCUCUCCUCCCAGUACAUCCCAGAGGAGAAGAGAGAAGAGCUUCUGAGGCAACACCGAAAUGGCAACCUGAAUUCUGAGGAACUCGCCAAUAUCCUCAGUGGCCUCCUUGCAGAGUCUACAGUCAGAGAGAAGAAGCACCACAAGACACCUGACACAACCAGAGACACUGAUGAUGUGGAUAAUGACAAUGAUGCACUUGGCAAAGAGGAGGUUGAGGAGGAGGAGGAGGAUCCUGUGGAGCUGGGAGAGAAAGAGAAGGCCCUGAAAUCCCGCCUGGUUAAAGUGGCAGCUGGGGAGUUCCACGGACAGAAGGUUUCCAUCUGGGAGAUUCUCCACUCCAAAUACAUCCCUGAGGAGAAGCGGAAGGAGCUCUUGAAACUCUACCAAUCUGACAUCCUCAGCACUGACCAAAUGGAAACUGUAGUCACCUCCAUCGUCAACAGAACAGAGGAGGAGAGUUCCAGCAAACCACUUUCUUCUCACAGCCCCAGAGAGGAGGCAAGAUCAUUGGACACUAUUCAGAAUAUUUGCUCACCUGAAUCUUCCUCUUUGGAAGAUGUCCUGCGGUCAGAGAGCUUCGUGGUGCCCAUUGGUGAGUUUGAAGGGCAAAGGAUAUCUUGCUGGGACGUCCUCUCUUCCAAAUACAUCUCAGAAGACAAGAAGCAGGAACUUCUCUGCAGACUCAGAGAAGAAGACCUCCAUGUUCCGGAUCUGGUCACCCUCCUCACCGAGAUCAUCACAGAAACCGAAAGGCCAAAGGCAGAGGAGCCUGGCGGUGCUGCAGAGGGUGGUUCGGUGGAGGAAAGAGGAGAAGCGGAGGCCCAGGAGGACCUCAAGGCCCGGCAGCAGCAGCUGAAGAGGUCCCUGCGGACCACCCUGGUCCCCGUGUCGGUGGGCGAGUUCAAGGGCCAGAGGGUGUGUGUGCUGGACCUCCUGUUCUCCAAAUACGUCCCUCAGGACAAGCGACAAGAGCUGCUGGAGGAGUACAGAGCGGGGACGCUGCCCAUGCAGGAGAUGGUCUCCACGCUCACCGCCAUGAUCGAAGAGGCCGAGAGCAAGCGGGGAAAGCGGGGCGGGAGGAGGAAGAUGUCCUGCAUGAAAGGGAAGCUCUGCUGGACGGACCGCGGCACCCACCCGUGAGCCUCUGGACAUUGUCGGUGGGGCUUCCUUCCGUUGGCCGGGCCCCAGUGAUACUGGCUGAGAUGCUGCCUGUCUCCCUUUGUGAAUGUGAACCCAGGACACAAGCCAUGAUGCUGCUUCUGCUGGAGACCUGCUUCCCUCUGUGCUCCUCUCAUGAAGCCCUCGCUUUCUCCCGGGUUCUGGUGUGCCAUUGGCCCUGGGCUCCGGCCCACUUGCUUCGGGCAUCCGUAUCUCAGCCCAGAGGCCUGGAGGAGGUUCAGCCCCAAUUCACACACUCAUUGGUAAACUUCUCAGUGGCUUCCUAGGAAAUUCCACCUGGGCGUCCCACCUAGAAGCAAGGAGAGGAAGGAAGCCCCACGCCUUGAGAGUCCUUCUCCCAUCCAUCCAUCUGUCCACCCAUCCAUCCCUUCUGGUCAACACCGCCUUUGUCUGACUGGACGGAGCGAGCAGUGCCCAGGACCAGUGGGUGGCAUCUGAGAGGCCCAUCUCCUGCUCAGCACCAGGACCUUCCACUCCAGAAUGGGUCACUCACCUGGCAGGGGUCCCAAAUCCCACCCGAAUUUCUCAGGUGUCUGGAAAUGACCACUGUCCCCCUGCCCUGGAAGAGCCGGCUUGGGGGUGAAGUAAUGCAGCGCGACCGCUUCGGCUGUCAACUGACCACCAUUCUCCACCUUUUCCAAGUUGCACUGAAGAUUGUCCCGAGCCAAAGCAGAGUCCUCACUCCCUCGGCCUUCGAGAGGCAGAGUUCCUCUGGGGCUCCUUCUAGGCUUAAGCCCUUCUGAAGAGAGCUUAAAUAAAAGGGUUUGAAAAAUAAA